AUGUCAGCAGAAGUUAGUUACGCCGCAUCACAGAUCUUAGCUUCCGGCAGCGAGCGCGACCCAAGCUAUAACGAUUUCUCCUUCAUCCCCUUCUUACGCAAUAGCUUCGGCUUCGGACUGGCCUGUGAUGUGCCCGUCUGCAAGGCGUACAGUGAAGGCCACUGUCCCUUAGGGCCAGCCUGCCCCGAUCGACAUCCAACCCCAUCACGAGUGACGACGUCCACGACUACUGCUUCCGGACUGGCACCGUCUACGACGCACGGGUCACUCGUCUGCAAGCACUUCCUCAAGGGGCUGUGCAAAAAAGGCCUCAAAUGUGAAUAUCUCCAUGAAUACAACCUUCGUCGGAUGCCAGAGUGCCAGUCCUUUUCGCGGUCAGGCUACUGUCCGAAUGGGGACGACUGUCUCUAUCAGCACGUGCGGGAGCAGGCUCGGUUACCGCCGUGCGAACACUACGAUCGGGGGUUUUGCCCGCUGGGGCCGCUGUGUGCCAAGCGCCAUGUGCGCCGACGUCUGUGCCAGUACUACCUGGCAGGUUUCUGUCCAGAGGGCAAGGGUUGCGCGGACGCUCAUGCCCGGUGGAUUGAGAACCUCCCCAAGCCGUCCAUUAGGGUGGAGAAGACCGAGGAGGAAUUGGAGCGAGAGAGGAUCUUGAUCCGGGAGGAGCAGGAAAGAGAAAAGGAACGAGAACGUGAAUGGAGGAGUGAGCGGGGACGCGGGGGUGGAUUCAUGCGUGGUCGUUUUAGAGGCCGGGGGCGUGGGCUAUAA